GUCACAAGUUGUUCUCCUGCCCCACCCUGCCCAGGGUUUACAGGGUCAUCCGCGGCUGCAUCACUAAACUUUUCACGGGACUCCGAGUGGAGUGACCGCGCAGUCUGCCGCAGCCAUGCAAAGCAGUCAGAAAGAACACUUGUAUAAAAUCCUCGUUAUCGGGGAUUUAGGUGUGGGCAAGACCAGCAUCAUUAAGCGCUAUGUUCAUCAGACGUACUCGACGAACUACAGAGCCACUAUCGGGGUGGACUUCGCUCUCAAAGUUCUUAACUGGGACUCGGAGACUGUGAGACUGCAGCUCUGGGACAUAGCAGGUCAGGAGCGCUUUGGGAACAUGACGCGGGUGUACUACAGAGAGGCCAUGGGGGCGUUCAUUGUUUUUGAUGUCACCAGACCUACAACAUUUGAAGCAGUCACCAAAUGGAAGGAGGACCUGGACUCAAAGUUGACACUUGCCAAUGGCAAAAGCAUUACCACAGUACUUCUGGCCAACAAGUGUGACCAAAGCAAAGACAUUCUGGUUAAUAAUGGUCUGAAGAUGGACCAGUUCUGUCAAGAAAAUGGAUUUGUAGGAUGGUUUGAAACCUCAGCUAAGGAAAAUCUAAACAUCAACGAAGCUGCAAAUUUCCUGGUCAAGCACAUCAUUGCCAGCGAGAAUGAUAUUCUCAAAUCAGUGGUUCCAGACACCAUUUCCCCUCAGCUGACCACAACCACGAAGAUGAGCUGUGCUGCAUGUUUCAAACCCUAACAUCUGGCCAACAGGUGGAUUCAGCCUAAGCAGCCAAGAAGAACUAAAAGACAGAUGUCCUUUUGUCUGUAACCAUAAGACCUAAGUAGGACAUCAAAGAUAAGUGUGUAUGUGUGUGAAUGGAACACAAAGUCCAGAUGUAUGAAUGGGUACUUUGUAAGAUUACAGUUAUUUAUGUGCAACACAAGUCUGGUGUCAGUAUGUGCAGUUUUAAACUUGUGAUGAUUGAUUCCAGAUUGACAGAUAGAGAACAAUUUUGAAACACAGCUGAACAUAGGGAAAUAGUUCCCUUUUUACUACAUUACACAUCUGUCCAGCAAUGUCAUUGUGUUUCGUAUUGAUCUCAUGUGUUUUACAUGUUGGUAUUUGUGUUGAAAUGUAACGAUGCUGUGAUAAACAGAUGUUUUUGAUUAAUUAUUCUUUUUUAGACUUGAGAAUUUGUAUAUUUCUUAAGUACAGAGCAUUUUUAGAUAAACUUUCAACUUUAUGGUGCUUAAAAUUAAGUACUGCAUACCCCCUCUCUCUCUGUCUUUCUCUGUAGCUAUUUCCAUCUAUUUUUUGCAAUUUCCCCAUCUCUGUUUCUCUUUCCUCACUCUUUCUCCAUGCUCCUCAGUGAUUCACUUUCUGACUCACUGCCAUUAUAUAAAUCUCCCAUGAAGCCCCUCUUCAGCACACACUUUUGUUCACAUCUUUAAACAUGGUUAUUGAUCUAAGUUCCUUUCUGUUCCACUGCAUGCUGAGUGCAAACCCUUUGCACUUUUACUUCACACUAGUCUAUUGUCAUCUAUGUGGGAAGUAUUACAUAAAUUGAAAACACUUUAUCCCAAGUAUUAAGUAUAUUUUUAAAAAACAGACAUGUGUAUGUAAAUAUAAAAUGUUUUGUAUUUGGAUAAAUAAUAAUGUUUAUUAAGAUUGGAUGAAUGCAUUGCAUUUUGGACCUAAAAUGGAAGAAAACAGUAAAUGUCUGCUUUGUGUCAUAAUUUAUGCUACUGUUUUAUACUGACAAAUCUUAUGCAUUAUUAUAAUUAACUCUAGUUAGGUUUUUUAUGUAAAUGUAAUCAUUCAAAUACAAUUACUUACUUUGCUUUAUA